CGCUUCUUGACGACGAGCAAUGUUAAGACUUGCGACGUCUGCGAUGAUAUGUGCAGUAUUAAUGGGUGGUCCAUUGUGCUUUCCUGGGGUGUGAACCUCGUUUCGUAUACUCUAUUAUCUCGGUCUCUGCGAUUUUUACUAUAAUCCUCGACAUGGGUACCGUGAUUGAGCCUGACACAUUUAUAUAUAAUGGCGACCAUAGGACUGAUCUCCCACGCACAUCGCAAUUUAUCAAUGACCUGCUAUCCAAAUUAUCCCAGUAUACGACGAUAGACACGGGCCAAAGCAGUGAUGAGGAGGCACCCGAAGAUGGACCUCCAUGUCAUCACCACUACCACCAAAGUCACCGGCGGCCAACAUCCACAUUCCCACACUCACAGCUGACUGACAUAAAACCGCUGAUGUUGACUCUCCACUGCAUCUUUCCCAACGAGCUCUUACUAGCCCUGGAUAUCCUAGACAGAGGGCUCAUCAGGCGAGUUCUUACGGAGGAUACGGCCAUGCCAGCAAAUCGUGAACUCGAAACAUCGGAGACUGAGCCCGGAAAAAGAAGCGAAAGUGACGACUCGAGUAUGCGAAAGGAGAACUUUUUCUUUGUCACAUCGGCCUCAACGACAUCAAAUCAUCAACUACUAUCGAACACACAACCCAAACCUCAUCAGCAAAACCACUGGCAGACAAAGGGCUACGAAGUCCGCCUCCAUGCAUGGAACUGCACCUGUCCUGCCUUUACGCUGUCCGCAUUUCGAAACCUUGGCCCUGAGCCAUCAUCGCCUCUCUCGCCAUCGCCUGAGAAAAUGAGGUCGGGUGUGAACGAGCGUGUAGAGGACACGUCACCUUCCUCCACCCCUGACCAUGCAGGCGAGGUAUGUGCGCAGGCUGACGCUGACGCCGGCGACACAGGCGCUUACUCCUUCGGUGGGACUUUCCCCAUGCACCCAGAGUCAGCACCGGCAGUGUGUAAGCAUAUUCUUGCCUGCCUGCUGGUGGCGAUGUGUCCGGGGCUUGGAGGGAAGAGUGGAGGGGGUGGGCGAUUUGUUGCACCGAGGAUGGAGGAGGUUGCGGCGCUGUGUGCUGGGUGGGGUGGGUGAUGAGCCGAUAUGAAUGCCGUUGUACGUGCGAAGCCUAUCGACAAAUAUCGGGCUGGACAGAUAUCCUACUAGUCAUCAAACUAUGUCUCCAUCGACUUGGGCGUCAUUGCUCAUAUCUGCUCCGGGUUGCAAGUGCUGCUCCGUCAUUGUUGGGUCUAGGUGUAUAGAUCAAACGUUUUACUGUAGCUGGAAAAGAGUAGGGAGAACGUACAGCACCCUGCCUAUUGAUUGUAUUUCAUGCCAGUACUUCGUAUUUCCCGGCCAACAAGGUGCUGCUGGCUGGCGUAUACCUAAUAUGCUUGACUACUUCCGCAUCAUGCGUAGUACUCACACCAUGAUGCUAUAAGAUAUUGCACAACUGACUAAUGGCCCUCAGAGCUACAAAGUAUUGGAGAACUCUACGUCAU